CUAGCUCCUGCCGCCGGUGAUCGAUGCGCGCUGCCUGGCGCCGCCGCUGUGGCUGUUGGGGCGGGCCGCUGCGCCGCGGCCUGCCUCCGCUCCUGCUCCGCUGAGCAAGGCGGCGGCCCCCGUCCCGGUGACCGACCCCGGCCGAUUCCCGCGCCCGUGGAGGAAGGAAGGAGGGGUGGGGGGGGGGCGGCUCUCUGCUCCGCUGCCUUCGGCUCUCACGCACUGCCGCAGCCAUGACCACGGAGGACGAGAUCAUCCGCAUCGCCAAGAAGAUGGACAAGAUGGUGCAGAAGAAGAACGCGGCUGGAGCUCUUGAUUUAUUGAAGGAGCUUAAAAAUAUUCCCAUGACCCUUGAGUUGUUACAGUCUACCAGAAUUGGAAUGUCAGUGAAUGCGAUACGCAAGCAAAGCACAGAUGAAGAAGUUACAUCUUUAGCAAAAUCUCUUAUCAAGUCUUGGAAGAAACUGUUAGAUGGACCUUCAACUGAUAAAGAAUCCGAAGAAAAGAAAAGGGAGGCUGCGUCUUCCUCACAAAACAGCCCUGAAGCAAAAGAAGAAAGCAGUUCGAGCAGCAAUUCCAGCAGCAGGAAGGAGGAGGGUAGUGCUCCCUCAAAUUCUUUCAUCCCUUCUUUUCCCCGGGCUCCAAGCACUUCGGAUUCUGUACGAGUGAAAUGUAGAGAAAUGCUCUCUGCAGCUCUCAGAACAGGAGAUGAUUACAUUGCUAUUGGUGCUGAUGAGGAAGAGCUGGGUUCUCAGAUUGAAGAGGCUAUUUUUCAAGAAUUAAAAAACACUGAUAUGAAAUACAAAAAUAGGGUACGAAGUAGAAUAGCGAAUCUCAAGGAUGCAAAGAACCCUAACCUAAGGAAAAAUGUGUUAUGUGGGAACAUUCCUCCUGACAAGUUUGCCAAAAUGACAGCGGAGGAAAUGGCAAGUGAUGAGCUGAAAGAAAUGCGCAAAAAUCUGACCAAAGAAGCUAUCAGAGAGCACCAGAUGGCUAAAACAGGAGGUACCCAAACUGAUCUGUUUACAUGUGGCAAGUGCAAAAAGAAGAACUGUACAUACACCCAGGUUCAAACCCGCAGUGCUGAUGAACCCAUGACAACAUUUGUUGUCUGUAAUGAAUGUGGAAACAGAUGGAAGGUAAGACUGUUAGACUGCUCUGCAUAUUUGAUAGCAGACAGCCAGGCUCUGUGCUUAAUUUUGGUUUACAGUAAAUGACAAAUGAAUUUCUGUUGGCUUCUGGUUAUUUCUUAGCCCGUUAACGAUAAUACAUGUUGAUAUUGUAAAAUAGUUUUAGGUUAGAAAAGUAUUUUGGACUGAAGUUGAGAUCACACAAGUAGGGCAGUGGCAAAGGCAGAGAGAUGUCAGGACAUUGACUUAGUCCUUAUGACCUUUAGUUACAGUGUUGCUCUGCCGUACAAAGUAGUAGCAAGUUAGUCACUGUUUUCUAUUUCUUCACCCAAAGAUGUUCUAGUUUUAAUCUCUGAUUGGAGGAGUGGAAUAGGCCUUUUUAGACCUCUUGUUGUUGUUUUGACUGUUUUUCUGUUACUCUGAAGAGGGGGUAAAGAAGAGAUGACUGCCUCUAUGUUCCUUUGUCAGGAUAAGUGUAGGGCAGUGAUCACUUGAUUUAAAUUUUUUAAGGUCAGGAAAUGGGAAUUGUAAAAGCUUCUAAUGUACACUGGCAGUCAGAGUGGAGAAACACUGAAGUGAAGGCCUGUAAAAUUUACAAUUUAAGAUGUGAUAGUGUAUCAUGCUUCAUAUUGCAUGCUCAUUCUGUUAUUUUUCUGUGUUAAUCCUGCAGCUCUGCAGAACCAUAUUACACAGCAUAAGUUAAGAUUACUACAUAGAAAAAAAUAUUUUUAAUCUUGUUUUACAUACCUUAUUACUGAAUAUUGUUCAAAUCUAUACUCCAAGAUAUCUAAAUAAUUUAUAAAGCUUAGAAAUUGUUUGAUGCAGUACCCAGAAAAAUCAAUUUGUCCUUAAAACCUUCUGUAAGGCGGUGGUUACAAAAGUGUCCAUAUAAAGAUGCUUGAGUGAAGGAAUAGAUGUGUUAUAAGCAAAUGCUUUAACUAGUAAUUUCCAUAUCCUAAGUAUGGUGUCAUAUUUCUGUUUCUUCUUGUAAAGAUUUAGAAAUAAGCUGUGU